UCUGGAAAGGUCGGUCAGCUGGUUUUCCAAAGCAGGAAGCAAAUGGAGAUUGUGAAACCGGUCACGCCGGCGGCUGUGUAGCUUCAGCCAUUCAGUGAUAUAACGAUGGACGAGGAGCUUGAAGCGGACGCUCCGGGUUGGCUGUCUAGCUGGGUCCCGUCUUGGCGCCCGACAUCCAUGUCGCUGCUGAAGAACACCGAGGCCAAGAUCCUCGCCUGUAUUCGCAAUGAUCUAGUAUCUCGUUUCGUGUCUCUACCAAGCCAAGACAAAAUCUGGACAUUGACCGUCAACCCCAACCAGAACCAAGCAGCUUCCUCCAAGACCAGUAUCGGCUCCACUCAGACCAGUCAUACCAGUAUUCACAGUAUGGGGCGGACUCCGCUGGUGCUGGUUCACGGUUUUGGGGGUGGGGUGGGGCUCUGGGUGCAUAAUUUGGACGCUCUGUCCCAGAAGAGGACUGUCCACGCUUUUGACCUGCUUGGUUUCGGGAGAAGCUCGCGUCCUGCCUUCAGUACUGAUCCAGGGCAAGCGGAGAACCAAUUGGUGCACUCCAUUGAGGAGUGGAGGCGGGCCAUGGGGCUGGAGAGUGUGAUCCUGUUGGGCCACAGCCUGGGAGGGUACCUUGCUGCUUCUUAUGCUUUGGCACACCCUCAGAGGGUGCGUCACCUGAUCCUCGUGGACCCCUGGGGGUUCCCUGAGCACCCCCCCGCUCGGCCCCAGACAGGAGAGUCCUCCGGCGGGGAGGUGAAGCCCAGCGGACCCCCUCUCUGGGUCAAAGGCGUGGCCAGCGUCCUGAUGUACUUCAACCCACUGGCUGUGAUCCGAGCAGCGGGACCCUGGGGACCUGGUUUAGUAAAAAGGUUUCGUCCUGAUUUCAAGAGAAAGUUUGAAGACCUCUUUGAGGACAACACCAUGACUGAUUACAUCUACCACUGCAACGCGCAGAUACCCAGUGGUGAGAUUGCAUUCAGAGCCAUGUCUGAGUCUUUUGGCUGGGCGAAGUGCCCCAUGCUCCCCCGAAUGCCACUCCUGUCCCAGGACACUCCCAUGACUGUCCUGUACGGGUCGCUCUCCUGGGUCGACAGCAGCACAGGGGAGAGGAUCCGGACCCUGAGGCCGGGAUCCUACGUGAAGAAUAUUAUUAUAGAGGGCGCCUCCCACCACGUCUACGCCGACCAGCCUGACGAAUUCAACAGAGUCAUCCAAGAAAUCUGCGACUCUGUCAAUUGAGCACAGUGCAGGGGGCAGCAUUCCAGUUACCCUUCUAAAAUAUAACAUAGCAAAGUGUAAUAGGCAUGCAUGUCAGUAAGCACUGUAAAGCACAGGGAGGUGUGGUAAAGUGUGUUAACACUAGAACCAGCUGGUUUAUGCCACUUCCUCGAACCAGCAGUCGUCAUUUCGAUGGGUACAUUUUAAACAGCUUCAAUAUGAAAAUGAAGCACAAACUAUCAGAUACAGCUCAAAAGAUUUAUUUCUGUACAUCACAACUAACAUUCGCAUAGCAGAAACCCCAUAUUUAAAUGAAAAAAAGAACAUAAAAGGCUUUAUUUUUUAAAUUAGCACUUACUCGAAUAAACAUUUCAGAAGAAGAUAUUGUGUAAACCGCUAUAUGUACGUGCAAACUUGUAAAAACAAAGUAAUUAUUUACAAAAGGCUUUAUUUCCGAAAUUAGCGCAUAUAAUGCAUGACAAACUAUAAAUAAAAAACUAUAUAAUAAAAGAAACAUUUCAAAAGAAAAUAUGGUGUACCCAGCUGUAAACUGGUUAUAUGUCGGCCUACGUACAGAAUUGUAAAAUCGAAAUUCUGUUCCAAACAAGCAGUUUAUUUUAUUUUUUCAACUGUUUUGCUAAUUACAGUGAAAUAAUAAUAAAAAAAAAAUGUAAAAAAUUGGCAUUGGUAACAUUCCCCUCUCUUCGUAAGCACGGUUACAUCAGCCUAAGUACCACGCUGUCACCCCGUCUCUGACCAGCAGCAGUUUUGUCUUUGCACAGGCAGGGUCCGCUGCCAGUCAAAACUGGAUCCCGAAUUCUUGAAAAAUUCUUGUAAUAGUAAUAUUAUAAGACAGAAGACCAGUAUAUGCUCACGUAGACAGCCACCGUUGCAGCUCUCCAGUGAAUUGGUAGGAUUACAAUAGAUAUUUGGAUAACACACAUUCAAGAGCAAUAUUCUAUUCAAAUACACACUGCUGUAAAGUCACUGGAGGUAGAGAUAAUAAACUGGCUUGUACACUUGUAACAAAUAGCGUAUUGUAAGUUAUAGUAACAAUAAAAGGUGUUGUAACAAACCGUCAAAAUGAUUACUUUUGGCGGUUCUAGGUUGAA